GGAGGAAACGGGAAAUACACUGCCAGAGAGAGAGGGAGAGAGAGAGACUGGAAGCCUGCAGCAGCAAAUGAGACAGAACAACGAGGCGGGAGAGGUAGAAAGAGAGACAGAGAGGGAGGGAGGUGGAGAGGGGCCCGUGUAGGAGAGAGGGCUACAGGGUGAGGAAGACGAAGGAGCAAGAGAAAGUUAGGUGAAGUAAGAGAAGGAGGACUCGGGGAAAAUACAGACGCAUAGGUUAGCAACUACAGAAGAGAAGAAGAAGGGAAACAACAGACAGGAAGGAAGGGGAGGGAGAAGUCUUGUGCAGAGAGUAGAAAAAGAGCUGGAGAAAAGUUUUCUUGUGGGAAGACGCAUAUGAGGAAAAGAGAGUAAGCGAAUGACUGGGGUGGAGAGAGCUGGGAAGGGAGGAAACCAAUUGUUUUCUAAAGCGUUUUCUACACAAAUCUCAGGACGUCUUUGGACAUGUACACAGAAGGCGCACAAACAACGGGACACCACCGAUUUCUUCAGCACAACAACAACCCCACCCCCUGCCCCUGCCAGCACUGCAUCCACUAUGAGCAGCCAUACAGCCAUCAUGGUGGGCCGGGAUGCAAACCAACAUCAGCCAGACAAACAGACCACCCAUCGCUGGACUGCAGGAGAGACAUCCAGGCUCCUCGGGUUAAAAACGUAGGAGACGGAGUUUUCGUAGUGGACAGAGCUGAGAGAAGCCCACAGAGGAGGCCUGUGUUUGCAGGGUCGGGCCCUUACAGCCAUUCAGAAGAGUUGAGCCAACUCUGCCCCUGGGAGUUGAACCCUGCCCAGUGGAACUACCCACUAGAGCCUAGGGUGAGACAUUAUUCAUCUGUCAGAGAACAGUGUGGCUGUGUGGUGCACAGCGACACCAGGGCACACCCGUUCAACGCUGGACUACCACAUCCUCUUCCUCAUCUUCAGGUCAAAGGUCAGAGACACAGGCACAGGAGGACUGUCAGGUAUGUUGCUGUGGAUGAGGAGGAAAGCUGUGGAUGCAAAUCUGAGAGCUACCACUUGGAGCUACACAAUCCCCAGCUGGGACAUUUGCACAUGUCGAAUGGCCACUGUGGGCCGAGACCUGUGUUCUUUGAGGGUGGAGAGGAAAUAGAUAGCCAUCAGGACCAGGGCAGACUGAAGGGUGGAUCAGAGGAGGAUUUUAAUGGAUGCAGUGGGUCUCAUAAAACCUUCUUCCCAACUGAAGUUCCACAAAAGCAUUUGACCCAAAGCAGACGGAAGGGGUCCUACGUCCCUCCCACAGGCAUCGCUAGUCCAGAAACCUCAAAAUCAACCACCAACAACGACCACCAGCACCAGGGUUUGGAAGUGACAAAGCAGAGGAGAAGGCAAGAUUCAGUAAGGGAUCAAAUCCGACAAGUGGUAACAGAUCUGGAGGACGUGUUGGGGGGUUUGAAGCAAGUUCACACUGAGAUGAAAGAGGUAGUGGACCAGAUUGAUCGUCUUACAGCCAGUAUCGACCUCAGUGAGGAGGCGCAAACUCAGAGGACAGCCAAUAACUUGCAAAACUGUACUCAUUUAGGAGACCUCAGGGUGGCUCCGCUGCCCAAUCACAAGCCUACUUCAGUUCAGGCAUCACAACACACCAAUGAAGAUUGCAUCAUCCUCAGAACUAACUCUCCCUCCCCUGUCCACAUGGCAUCAGUUGUCAAAACCAGCCGCUUCACCCCUCCCAGUCUCAAUAAGGAUGUCAGCCACGAAAAGGCAGAUGUAAAUGGCCACCCGCCUCACCUGUACCCUCGCAGAGACUCCAACCACAGCGGUCAAACUCAGCUAGAACAUCACCCGCAGACCCUAGACCCUAAGGUCAUCAUAGGGAACAGCACCUCCUACCCAAGAACUCAAAAGCCUCCACCUUACCCCCAAAACGGUCGGUGCGGGAAGGGUGCAUAUGCACCUUCCAAGCCUGCGAGGACCCCUGCCAACCCUGGGAGAGGCCGUCAGAGCACCAGCAUGGUGUGAAGGAGGGGGUUGAUAUGCCCCAGUGCCACGGGGGCCUGAAACAUGAGACCCUGCUGCAGUGAGUGGAGGUCAGAGAGGGACCAGGCAGGGGAAGAACUCAUGUGUAACUGAGUCAUAACUUCGAAGGAACUGAGACUUGGCAGCAGUUCAGUGGUAUUUGGCAAAAGAAGACCCCAUAGCUGCUUGACUCCAAUCAUGUGACACAAAAAAGGCAUCAUUAUAUUUACAGGAUGAUCAUAGCUCUGACUCAGAAUUGGCAUAAUUUACUGUUAGGGGUUGAUGAGGAGGUACUGAGCCUUUGUUCUCAUGCCACAGUCAGAUAUGUCGUUACUGACAGUGAGCUAGAAGCAGACUUAAUAACAAGAUGGCAUCUGUAAAAAAAGUCCCUGUAGCAGAAGUGGAAAAUUAAACAUGAUACAUACAGUUAAGCACUGAGACCACCUUUACAGAUGCUGCAGAUACAGGCAUGCAUGUUUCUGUACUUCCCUCUUGUGCAGACUAUGUGUAACUGCAAUCUAUUUUUCUGGCCUUUUGAAGUUGGGCAAGCACAAUCUGGUUUUAAUCAUAAAACCCCCUGGCUCCAUGCCAGAACAGAGUGAGGCAAACUCUUGGUAUAUUUGUGACGUCCAUAUAAACAGGAGCAACCCUACGCAGCAAAUCAGCUCUCCACCUAUUGCUGCAGGGACAGACGCGCUUGCGAGGCUGCAGCCUUCAGGUUGAGACUGGCAGACAGAGGAAACAGGUCAAAAAUGUGCACGUUCCUGAACUUUUCAUUCAUUUGAAAAUUGGUUAUGUAAUGUUCCUUCUCUGCUUAAUACUGUUCUUUCAAAGUUUUUAAAGCAUCAAUGCUGUUGGCAUUUCAAAGGCCUGAAUCAUCUUAAUUAGUCACCUCACUCAGGUUCAGUGUUUAAAUGGCACAAAACACUUGUAAAGAAAUCCUGUUGCACACUAAAAUACUUUCCUUCCACACUUCUUCUUUAUUAUUUUUUGUAAGGUUUAAAGAAUCCCCAGUUUUUUUCAGGUUUAAUAUUUAAUUUAGGUGAAAUUCACACGCAAAAGUGAGGAAUGAAAAAAUGCUCACAAGCUAGUUAGUAGCAGAAGAUGCGCACUGAUUAAUAUCAUAGGAUCACUAUUAGCAAAUGUGUGUGUACAGCCUAGGACAACAUUCAUUUGAUCUCAACAGAUAAACAGAAGAAAAUAAGAAGAAGCAGACUCAAAUGUUAAUAAUAAACCCACGGCUUUCAAUAAGGUCUUCAAACCAUUUGGUGCUCUGACCCUAAUUAUAAACUUUGCUACUUAUAUUACAGCCACAGCUGGAUAACUGACUGGGAGAAGUUAGAAAUACCUCCAAUUCAAAUUUUGUUGUAUGAUUGUAUGAGUGAAUGAUUCUAUCUAAACGUGUGUUUUAUCAACUUACCUGAAACUAACUUAUACACAGUAAAACAGUACGUCAGAUAGCAUUCCAGUGCUGGUUGCUUUCUGGAUACUUGAUGAGUGGGUACUGUGAAUCUUCAUAGUUUAUUCCUUUAUAUUUUAAACUUACCAGCAACUUUAUUUUUGUCCCUUAUGUUCUGUUUUCUUUUUUUUUGUCAUUGCUAUUGAUGUGUGAAGAUUUAUUAAAAAGAAUAACAUUUCCUGCAUCUACUUUCCAAAAAUGGCCUUACUCUCAAGGUCUAAACUUUUUUGAGGUCAUUGCAAAGUCAGAAGCUCUUGCCACAUGCUUCAAUAACAGUCUGAUUUACAGCGCUCAUUCAUAAACAAGACAACAUGACUUGACUCACAAGGACACGUUCUGUUUCUGUGGUUUCAUCAUUGAAAGAGGCUACAGGAAAAUCCUUGAGACACAGUUUGCAUGCACAGUGUCUGACUGAGGAGCAGCACUGAGUGUCAGCGACUAAGUUCUGAAUUGAUAUUUUUUUCCCUUCCUGUCUCUGAUACGU